AUGUCGCGCGUGCUGAUAACGUACAGCGCGAGUCGGAUCGCGCUGUACGUAGUGUCUCUUCCGCUGUUGUCCUUUAUAUUCUGCGUCAUGUAUUCGUUGAUGUUUAGCUUCAAAGAAUCAACGGAAACACACUGUAAGGUGGCGAACCUGCUCCCUUCGAUCAGCGCUGCCAUAGGAAGUUUCUCCCCCCAAAAGUAUGUGUGGCGAACGGGUAUCGGAAUCCAUAGCGCACCGCGCUAUGUCUACGCCUGGAUGUAUCGUAGUCUACACUGCAACGAUCUGCCCGCUCAGUACCGGUAUUUGGCAGACCUAGCGUUCGUCCUCGAGAUCAUCGAAGACACAUGCCUACUGGGCUUGACCAUGGUUUCGUCAAGUGAAAACUACCCGAUCCACGAGAGAUGUUUCAUCACGUUCCUAUUGACCGCGAUACUGUACAUGUGCCUAUGCGCUUUCAUUUUGCCCAGGCUCCAGCAAAGACGCGGUCCAAAUCAUCGUAAAUCGCUGGCCAUCAAGAGAAAAGCGACUUGGACAACCCUCAUCUGCAGCAUUGUCUGCGCAAUAACAUUCUAUCGGCACAAUAGCCACUGUGAGCCGUAUAUGUACACGGCGUUCGCUCUGGCCGAGUAUCUCAUCGUGCUGAGUAACAUUGUAUUUCACGGCACGGCGUACUAUGAUUUCUAUGGAGCGAAUAUUGUCGUAGGCUGCGGCGACGAGGAUACGUCUCUACUUCUGAAACGCCAGGCGGUUUCGUAG